AUGAACGGACACGUGAACUGGAAGUGAUUUUGCGUUAAAAUUGAACUGAUCUCCAUAGCGCCCAUCUGCGAUUUCUUCAAAAUGUCCGCUAAGCUAAACGCUUUGAAUAGUGAUUCUUACAUUGACAUUAGCCAAUAUAGAGAUCAACACUUUAAGGGAAACCGCUAUGAACAGGAGAAGCUGCUGAAACAGAGCAACACUUUGUAUGUGGGGAACCUGUCCUUUUACACCACUGAGGAGCAGGUACACGAGCUGUUUUCCAAAUGUGGAGAUGUCAAGCGCAUCGUCAUUGGCCUGGAUAAAAUCAAGAAGACAGCCUGCGGAUUCUGCUUUGUAGAAUACUACAUACGAGGAGAUGCAGAAAAUGCCAUGCGCUUCGUUAAUGGCACACGGCUGGACGAUCGGAUCAUCAGGACAGACUGGGAUGCAGGCUUCAAGGAGGGACGGCAGUAUGGUCGAGGCAAAUCUGGAGGGCAGGUGAGGGAUGAGUACAGGCAAGACUACGACCCAGCCAGAGGCGGCUACGGGAAGCUGGCUCAGCAGCAUCGACCCACAGAAGCACGCAAUACUUUUUAGACUGAAUCCCACUGACAGUCUGCCUGGACAUACAGAACCUCAACCCUGGACUGGAUUUAAUAAACUGCAGCUUGCCACCAGACUGGUUAAUGUAUCUAAG